AUGUCGGGCACAGAGAAGAAGUCCAAGGAGGCUCAGCUUAACCGCACCUCGCAUAAGUUCCAAGUUGAUGAUGUCGUGCUCGCCAAGGUCCGUGGGUUCCCUGCAUGGCCAGGCAUUGUUAUGGCCGACGAAAACGUGCCCUCAGCCGUUUUGAAGGAACGACCGGUCGCCAAGCACCGCGAUCUCUACACCAUUCGCUUCUUUCCCGCCGCUGACUAUCACUGGGCUUUCUCCAAGGACCUCGAAUUGCUAAACAAGGACAAGAUCGACUCUUUCCUUGCCGGACCGAAUCGGAAAAAGGGUGAUCUGCGACAGGCCUACGAGAUCGCACGCGACCCUCAAUCCUGGAAUGAAGAGCAGAACACCAUUGUGCAUCGGUACGAGCAGUCCUUGCUAGACGCCGCGGAGGAGGAAGAGGAAAAUGAGGAUCAGCUCGAAGAAGAAGGCGAUGAGGAUGGCGAACCAUCGAGCAAGAAGAGGAAACGUGCUGCCGAGACGGGCAAGGUUCGUGAGAGCGCAGACAAGCGCAAGAAGACCAAGGCAUCAGAAGCCGCCAAGAGCAAACCAGAGAAGCCCGUCAGCAAGGCUGUCUCUGCUACGAAUGGCGAGGACAAGUCGGAAGAGUCGCGGGAUCCCGAGACCAAGAAGGUCAAAGAGUGGCGACACAAGGUGCAAAAGGUGUUCCUCGGCAGAGACGGUACCAUCAAUGCCGAGGAUAUGCCAUCAGCAGAUGCCACGUUCAGCACAAUCGAAGAGUACGACGGCAUGACGGCGGAGCAUUUGCGCUCCACCAAGAUCGGCAAGGUGAUGAAGAGGGUGAUGCAGUUGGCCGACAUCCCACGCGACGAUGAGUUCCACUUUAAGGACCGAGCGGAGACGUUGUGCGCUAAAUGGGGGGCCAUCAUGGCGGCUGGAGACGCUCCCAAGUCAGAGGCUGCGGAGCGCGCUGGUGAACCCGCCAAAGAGAAUGGUGAUGCAGCACCUCACAAUGAGGCAGAGUCCAAGUCAGAAGCCGAAGCAGCGCCUGCGCCUGCGUCUGAAGCUUAG